GGGAAAGAGGAGGAGAUGGUGGUCAAGAAAAGAAAGUGAUCACCACGUGUUUGGGCUGAGCCGUAGUGAUCUGCGAGGCUUUCUCUCUCUUUCUGCUACAAACCGCCCGCUUUCGAUACACACACGCAUACGCCAGAUCUUUUGCAGACAGGCAGUUCAAGUUUAUCUUAGCGUGUUUCAAGUUAAAUGUAUCGGUCAUGACAACGUCCCCUCCGCUCUUCGUUGUACCCCCUCCCUCCGGUUUGGAACUCAAAAGUUCACCCGCUGAACCACCGGCUCCUUACACCCCCAAUUCUGCGUCCACAUCCUCACUACACAAGCCAACUGAGAUACCAGAGUUGCCAUUGCCUCCGGAGAAGCCUGUCGCGGAAAUGAAACCAGUCGAUAGAGAAGGUAGUGAGCCAGAGGAGCCUGCAGGUGUUCCUGAAGUAACAGGAGAGUCUGAAGUCGCAAACAAGGGUAACGCCUCAACGGAGAUGAUUAUCGCAGCCCCGACCGCCCUCCUGCCAAGUCCUCCGCUGACCGAGGUUGAGGAGCAAGAAGAUGACAAGGAAAAUGUCCCUUCAGAACAUCGAGAGCGCACCUCACUUCGUCAUUUAGCGGAAGAAGACAUUACAAAUUGGCAGUCGUCUGUGGAUGGAAGUUACCACGAAGACGAUCUGGGCUACUCGACCAACGAGGCCACCCCUAUCGAUGGCGGAGGAGGGCCGCUGGGUACGAGCAUGCAGCAAGGUGGUGUAUCGCAAGAUAGACUAUCCGUACCUUCUGCGCGGCACGAGCCAGAACACCCACUGAGUUUGAACACGCAACCUCCUUCUCCACCUCCAUGGGAGAUCAUCGAACCACCCGCGACCAACAACAGGCAUCUCUCUCCUGUUGGUGAAUCCUUUCCAGAAACUGGAAGGAAUAUGCCGAAAUCAAUAUCGUCACGGCCUUUGAUACCUCAUUCUUCCUACUACUUUGGACCACCGCCGAUUGACUCCGCUUUUGGUACGAAUCCGAUAGGCCAUCUUGGUGUACAUCACCCUCGAGAGAUCAUCCGAAUAGAACGAGACUAUUCGGGAGGAGAGCUUGUUCAAUUCGCUCCCAUAUACCCACUGGAGUUGGAAGGUCGAAUAACGCCAACACAGUUCCUGGAGACCAUCAACGCGAUGAACGAGGUUCUCAUUUCGGCACACAGCUUGAAGCAUUCACUCGUGGAGAAUGUGUUAUCUUUUUUCACCCUUCAACUCUCUCGGGUGAUUGUCACUUCGCAUUAUCAGAAGGAGAUGCGACGGCUUCAUAGUGUUAUUGAUGAUUUCAACAGGCGGUUAUACAAUCCAGUUGGUCUCAAUAUUUUGUGGCCACAAAAGGUUGCUUUUAUGUUUCUCGAAAUAGAGUAUUAUUGAUAUCUUCAUUGUCUAUACCUAUCAUUAUCUCAUACCCAUUAUUUCUUCUAUUCCCACCCACUCGUUGGCGUACACACUUAGCACUACCACCGACCGGUUACCACGUUCUUUUCCAUUCCCCAUCUUAUGUCUUCACAUUAUGUCGGUUCCCGAACACGCGCAUUUCCCAUUGACACGACGCAUUUGUAUUUAGCGAAUCUAUCAAGGUACCUGGCUACUUAUUGUCUCAUAUUCUUCGUCCGUUAUACAUAUGUAUUGUAUUUUAUCUAGUCAUAUAGUCAAAUGGAUGGUUCAUUAGGUUUCUGGAAGUUCAUGCCUCCUUCGAAUUAA